UUAUUUAGCACCAAGAAGUGAAUGAUGGAUGCUGCCGAGGUUGAAGAAAAUCUGUUUGCAGCAAGUGAUGCCAAGUUACAUGGAGAAAUGUGCAAAGCUCUUUCUAUACUGUAUUGCAAAGUAUUGUCAAUAUUUCCAUCUUUAGAAGCAGCUAGGCCUAGGAGCAAAGCUGGUAUUGAGGCUUUAUGUUCAUUACACGUAGCCCUAGAGAAGGCCAAGAAUCUUCUUCAGCACUGUUCAGAGUGUAGUAAACUUUACUUGGCUAUAACUGCGGAUGCCGUUCUUCUAAAAUUUGAAAAGUCUAAAUCUGCUAUUAAAGAUGGCCUUAUGCAGGUGGAAGAUAUUGUUCCGCGUUCUAUGGCAUGUCAGUGUCAGGGGAUUGUGAAUGAACUUGAGGGUGUAAAAUUUGCACUUGACCCAUUGGAGAAGCAAGUUGGUGCUGAUUUAAUUGAACUGCUACAUCAAGGGAGACAAUGUAGCGACUCUAAUGACGCCAGCGAGCUUGAGUGUUUUCACCAGUGCGCUAUUAGACUUGGGAUCACAUCUUCGAGAGAAGCUCUUACAGAAAGAAGAGCUCUCAAGAAGCUCAUUGAAAGAGCCAGGGCUGAGGAAGACAAUCAGAAGGAAUCAAUAGUUGCAUAUCUUCUACACCUCAUGAGGAAAUAUUCCAAGUUAUUUAAAAAUGAAAUUUCUGAUGACAAUGAUUCACAAGGUUCCGCUCCUUGUUCUCCCAGUACUCAGGGAUCUGUUGAGUGCAGUGUUCCUAAUAGUCAAUGUCAGGCCCUUGAAAGAGAGAUUUCAAAACGCUGUUCCAUUAAUUUAAAUCCAAUCAAUAGGAGAUCAGGUCAGAUGCCUCUUCCACCUGAAGAGUUGAGGUGUCCAAUAUCUUUGCAACUUAUGUGUGAUCCCGUCAUCAUCGUUUCCGGUCAAACAUAUGAAAGGGUUUGUAUAGAGAAAUGGUUCAGAGAUGGACACGAUACUUGCCCCAAGACACAACAGAAACUCGAUCAUCUUUUGUUGAUUCCGAAUUACUGUGUUAAGGGUCUCGUUGUUAACUGGUGUGAACAGAAUGGAGUCCCUGUUCCUGGUCGCCCUCCUGAAUCUUUUGAUAUUAACUACUCGACCUUGGCUUUAUCAGAGCCUGAAUCAACAAAUUCAAAAGCUGUAAAUAGUUUGAGUUCAUGCAAGUCGAAUGGUGUCAAAGUGGUUCCUUUAGAAGAGAGCGGCGUCUCAGAAGAAGCCGGAGUAGAUAAAAACGAAGCUUUGUCUGCACCGGAGGAAGAUACCGAGCAGUAUCUGAGGUUGCAGAAAGUUUUGCUUGAAAAGACAGAUUACAAGACAAAGUGCAAUGUGGUCGAACAGUUAAGGAUAUUACUGAGGGAUAAGGAGGAAGCCAGGAAUUAUAUGGGAGCUCAUGGAUUUGUUGAGGCACUUUUGCAGUUUCUAAAGUCAGCUCUGUCUGAAGGGAAUCUGAAAGCUCAGGAAAGUGGAGCAAUGGCUCUCUUCAACCUUGCUGUGAAUAACAACAGAAAUAAGGCAAUUAUGUUAUCGGCAGGAGUGUUACCAUUGCUGGAGGAAAUUUCUAACUCAAGUUCAUAUGGUUGUGCAACGGCCCUCUAUCUGAAUCUCUCUUGCCUGGAAGAAGCCAAGACCAAGAUAGGGAAGACUCAGGCUGUCCAGUUCCUGAUCCGUCUCCUUCAAGAUGACACCGAAAUUCAAUGCAAACAAGAUUCUCUCCACUCACUCUAUAAUCUCUCCACUGUCCCUUCAAAUAUUCCAAACCUCCUUUCAUCUGGGAUCAUCAAUGGCCUUCUGUCCCUUCUUGCAGGCCAGGGUGAUGAUAAUAGCAUGUGGACAGAGAAAUGCAUUCCUGUUCUCAUAAAUUUGGCUGCUUCUAAUUUGGGAAAAGAGGAAAUAAUCUCAACCCCAGGACUCAUUAAUGCAGUGGCUAAGAAACUAGAAUCUAGUGAGCUCUUAGAGCAAGAACAAGCUGUGUCUUGUCUUUUAAUCUUGUGUAAUGGGAAUGAGAAAUGUAGCCACAAGGUCCUAAGAGAAGGUAUAAUACCUUCAUUGGUUUUGAUAUCAGUAAAUGGGACCCCAAGAGGGAAAGAAAAAGCUCAGAAACUUUUGAUGCUCUUUAGAGAGCAGCGACGAGAUCCUUCACCUGUUAAGAUACGUUUGUGUCCCCCUGCUCCUGAACCUGAUAAUAAGAAGAAUAUGGUUGUUUCUCAGCCAGAAACAAAACCUCUGAUGAGUAAGUCAUUGUCUAGAAGAAUAAUUGAGAAGCCUUUUAGAUUUUUCUCCAAAAGCAAGAGUUAUUCUAUUUAUCACAUUUAAGCUCCAAUGGUUUGUAAAAAAUCUUUGUAUCUAUAUACUUCUCUUGUCUUGCUUCCGUCGCCCCCUCUAUCUGAUUUUUGCUGCUUACCAUCAAUUUUUGUGGGAAGCCACGAGAUGUACAGGGCUAUGUAGUUAUGAUUUUUUGUU